GUCAGCAACAAUUGUUGUGCAACAUGUGACUGACCUAUAAAAAAUAAACCCACCCCGCAUUUUUUCUAUUUUUUUUUCUCUCUCUUCCUUCUUCUCUCUGCACUCUAAAAUAUCAUGGCUGGUGAUAAAGGACAAUCUACCUCCAGUGUUCGUUCUGGACACGAGUUAAACGUACAGGUACUGGAAACUUACCUUGUUCAACAUAUUCCUGGUUUCACGGCACCUUUAAAUAUCAGCCAGUUCCAACUUGGCCAAUCCAACCCCACUUAUCUCUUAAAAGACGCCAACAAACAACAGUAUGUGCUUCGUAAAAAGCCUCCAGGAGCCUUACUUUCAAGCACAGCACACGCCAUAGAACGCGAGUACCGUAUCAUUCAUGCCUUGGGCACAAAGACCGAUGUGCCUGUUCCUAAAGUCUAUGUGCUUUGUGAAGACACAUCCGUGAUGGGUACCCCUUUCUAUGUCAUGGAAUUUUUAGCAGGUCGUAUCUAUGAGGAUUGUCGCAUGUUGAAUCUGCCUUUUGAAGAGCGCAAGCAACUCUGGUAUUCGGCAGUAGAGACAUUAGCGAAAUUACACCGUGUGGAUUUUAAAGCGAUCGGGUUGGAAAAUUAUGGUCGUAACUCUGGAUUUUAUGCGCGUCAGAUGAAGUCAUUGAGCAGAGUGUCCAAUGCCCAGGCCGUGGUGAAGGAUGAGGAGACGGGACAGGUCGUAGGUCCUCUUCCCCGUUUAGAAGAAAUGUUUGGCUGGUUCCAACGAAACCAGGUCUCUGACACUGCUACCAUUGUUCAUGGUGAUUUCAAGAUUGAUAACAUGAUCUUUCAUCCUACAGAGCCUAGAGUGAUUGGUGUAUUGGAUUGGGAACUCUCCACCAUCGGCCAUCCCUUGUCCGACUUGGCCAACUUAUUACAGCCUUUUUAUAUCCCGGCCAAUGUAGGUGGAGGUAUGUUGGGAUUCAAGGGAUCAAAGGAAGCUUUACCUGUGCCCGGUGCAGAUGAAUUGAUGGCUGUCUAUUGUCGUAUCCUGGGCCAACCUUACCCCAUCUCACGCUGGAAGUUUGCUGUGGCCUUUUCCUUCUUCCGCUUGAGUGUGAUUUUACAGGGUAUUGCAGCCCGUGUGGCGCGUAAACAAGCGAGUUCAGCCGAAGCCAAGAGUUUUGCUGCUCGAUUUAAACAGGUGGCUCAAAUGGGACUGGAUAUUGUAGAUGAAGGCAAUCUUCAGGGAGAUUCUAAAUUAUAACCUUUUAUUUCUUUUUUUGUUAAUGCCCCUUUAAAGCCAUGGCGCCUGAAAUUAAAGACAUGAUUUCAUCCUCCUUUUGUAUUUGGCUGUCGAUUUGAUAUAUCUAAAGAAAGGGAUAAGUGUAUGUAUGUGUGUUUAGAGUGUGAAUUUUACCUUUUUGAUGGCAUCCAUGUCUCGGAUAGAGGCAAGAUGAUCAAAGGAGACCAUUUCACCUUCCACGCGUUCCUUAAUAUAUGCUUCAGCCUAAUUUUACAUCAAAAAAAAGAAAAGAAAGGGAUGAGAC